AUGUUUUGGCCAAUAUCAUUUUUAGUCGGACUUCUGGCUGGAGAGGCAAUUGGUGCUUCCUAUGCACCCACUUCUGUGACGUGCCCCUCAGGACAAUCAUUUGUGAGGCCUGCAAAUGGUCUUUCAGACAAUGAGGAAUCUUAUAGAGUAGCAAGGAAAGCUGUUGCGGAUGUAUCCUUGAAAGCGUGGUUGGAGAAAACAAACUCCGGAUUUGGUACUGAUAAUUUGCCAACCAUCGCGCUUACCCACAGCGGUGGAGGUUACCGAUCUCUCCUCUGUAGCGCCGGUGUAGUUCAAGGUCUUGAUGGGCGUGAUAGUAAUGUCUCUACCAGUGGUCUCUACCAAGCUAUAACCUACCAAUCUGGUCUUUCUGGUGGAUCAUGGUUCGUUUCAUCUCUCGCGGCAAGCAACUAUGCAACAGUCUCGUAUUUGCGAGAUAAUCUCUGGGAAUCGGCAUUCCAAGAUUCACUCUUCGCUCCUGAUGGAUUAGAAUUUGUGGUAGCUUAUGCCAAAAUCGUUGGAGACCUCAAAGAAAAAGAAAAGGCUGGCUUUCAUACCACUUUAACUGAUCCAUGGGGAAGACUUUUAUCCUACCAAUUGAUUGAAAACGAUGGCGAGUCGACGACUUUCUCUUCAGUCGCUACACUUUCAAACUUUGUCGCACAUGCAGUCCCAUUCCCAAUCGUCACCAGUUUGGGAGUAAGGACAUUUGACGGCCAAUGUUUACCCGCAACCAAUGCUACAAUGUACGAGACUUCUCCGUAUGAGUUUGGUUCUUGGGAUGCCGAAGUGUCUGCUUUCACACCAACUGAAUAUCUUGGCACUACUUUGAAAAACGGUGUGCCAACCGGAACAUGUACUACAAACUACGAUAAUCUGGGCUAUAUUCUAGGAACCUCAAGCAACCUUUUUAAUGAGGUGUGUCUUAGUGUUCCAACGCCCGUCAAUGGCUCUUCAGACGCGUCACAAGAUAUUGCUGCAUUCCUUGACGGGGUACAUGAGGUGACCACUCAAGAUCUUUACGCUACCUAUAAGAACCCAUUUUACGGUUACGCCUCAUCAACUGGCAAGAUCAACUCCGUGGAUGACAUCCCAGCACAAGAAAACUUGAGCUUGGUCGACGGUGGAGAAGCCAAGCAAAACAACCCCAUCUUCCCAUUCCUUCAACCCGCUCGCAACAUUUCCGCCAUCAUAGUAAACGACAACAGCGCAGACACUUCAUCCAACUGGCCCAGCGGAAUCGAAAUCUAUACCACAUACCAACAAGCUCUUGCACACGGCCUCACACGCAUGCCUGUCAUUCCUCCCUCUGACACUUUCAUCGCCCAAGGCUACAACACGCGAGCUACAUUUUUCGGAUGUGGUGAUGCCUCUAAGAUCACUAUUAUUUAUCUUCCCAACGCAGAAUUCUCCUACGCAAGUAAUGUCUCCACGGCUCAAUUAAUCUAUCCCAAAUCUACCACUGCGGGUGUUAUUGCCAAUGGGGUGGAGGUUGCUAGUCAGGGUAAUGAUGAGGAUUGGCCUACUUGUUUGGGUUGUGCGUUUAUGGAGAAGACGGGUCAGGUGUUGCCGAGUGAGUGUACGGCUUGUUUUACUAAGUACUGUUAUACUAGUUAA